AUGGCCUCCGCAGAACUCUCCAAGAAGCGCAAGCGCGCCGAGCCCACGGCCGACGCCGCCGCCGUCGCAGACGAGUCCUCGACGAAGAAGUCCAAAUCCGAAAAGAAGGAGAAGAAGGAAAAGAAGGAAAAGAAGGCCGCCGCCGAAUCCGCACCCGAAGGCGGAGAAUUCAUCGCCCUCGAGGAAUCAAAGGCCGAAAAGAAGGAACGCAAGCGCAAGGAAAAGGAAGCGCGUAAAGCCGCCGAGGCCGCCGUAGAGGACGCAUCAGCAGACGCCGACGCAAUGGACGUCGACCCGCCCGCGCAAGAGAAGAAGGUUAAGAAGAGCAAGAAGGGAGAUUUGGAUGUCAAGACGGAGAAGAAGGAGAAGAAGGACAAGAAAGAGAAGAAGGAUAAGAAGAAGAAGGAGGCCGCUGCAGAGACCGAGACUGAGGCCAAUGGUGUAGAGACUGCUGUCGCCGAGGAAAAGACGGAGAAGACGGAGAAGAAGGGAAAAAAGUCAAAGAAGGCGAAGAAGGCAAAGGACGAGGCUGCGCCGGCGGCAGCGGCCCCUGUCGAAGAAGCAGCGGCUGAGCCAGCAGCUCAAGAAGAAGAGACCGCCGAGGGAGGAAAGAGGGAAAAGUACAUUGUUUUCGUCGGAAACCUCCCCUACACGGCAAACAAGGACUCCAUCAACGCCCACUUUGCAGCCUACAAGCCCUCGGCCAUCCGCUGCCUCCACAAGGACGGCAACCCCAACGUCUGCCGCGGCAUCGCCUUUCUCGAGUUCUCCAACGGCUCCAACAUGCGCACCUGCCUCGACAAGAUGCACCACACCUCGUUCGACGACGGCCUCUCGCCCGCGCGCCAGAUCAACCUCGAGCUUUCCGCCGGCGGCGGAGGCAAGAGCAAGUUCCGCAAGGACAAGAUCAAGGAGCGCAACGUCCAGCUCGACGAGAACCGCCACAGGCGCAUGCAAAAGGAGGAGGAGUACAAGAAGGAGAGGGCCAAGCAGGGUGGGGCCAACUCCCAGCAGGAUAGCAUCCACCCCAGUCGCUUGGCCAUGAUGUAUCAGUAG